AUGCCAGAAAUAACUAUUACCGUUAAAAGUUCUAACGAUCAAAAGUAUAACGUAAAGAUAGACACUUCUAAAACGGUCCUAGAAUUCAAACAGGCCAUUGCUGAAAAAUGUGAUACUGCAGCAGAUAGACAAAGGUUGAUAUACUCUGGUAAAGUUUUAAAAGACGUUGAUACACUUGAAACUUAUAAAAUCGCUGACGGUCACACUGUUCAUAUGGUGAGGGGAUCUACACCAGCCGCCGCUGACGGAUCUACAACCGUAAAAGGCUCAUCAUCACAAUCAUCUCAACGAGACCCAACUACGCAGACUCCUCAAGCCAAUCCAACCCCCGUUCCUUCUACAAUCAAUACACCACCAAAUCUAUUUGGAGGGUUAGGUGGAUUUCCUAGUAACACACUCGGCGGCGGCGGAAAUAUAGAUACAUUACAAUCUUUACUUGGCAAUCCUGCGACCAUGCAGUACAUGUCGCAAAUGUUGCAAGACCCUAGAUUCGUUGAUAAUGUGAUUGCUAUGAAUCCACAAUUUGCAUCAAUGGCACCACAAUUGAGACAAAUGAUGCAAGACCCAGAAUUUCAGGCACUCAUGUCAAAUCCUGAUGCACUUAGGAAUAUGGCGGCUUUAUCUUCAUAUAUGGGGGGAGCUUCAGGACCUUUUACUGGAGGUAGUGGUUUAACCGGAUUUGCUGGUUUGGGUGGAUUAGGAAGUACAACACCUAGUAACACAGCUCCUAAUACAUCAACACCUGCACUUAAUCCUUUUAGCCUCCUUAACCCUUCAUUUGCCGCAGGUAACCCAAAUUCUACACAACCUUCAAUGCCUGCUGGAUUUGAUCCAUCAUUUUUGUGGGGCUUUAACCCUCCAUCUACGCCACAACAACCUCCGGAAGAAAGGUUUCAGACGCAACUUCAACAAUUGAAUGAAAUGGGAUUUUGGGAUGCACAGAAAAAUAUCAGGGCAUUGCUGGCUUGUGGUGGAAAUGUCAACGCAGCAAUUGAAAUGUUAUUGUCUGGCACCAUUUAA